UAAAAAAACGAUUCAGAUCUCCCUCACUCAUCCCGACUGAAAUCGCGAUUCCUCUCUCUGGCUGAAAUCGCGAUUCACGAUCUCCCUCGCUCACUCCGGCUGCCAGUUCUCCGACUUCCCUCACUCACUCCGGCCGCCAGUUCUCCGUUAUCCCUCUCACAAUCCGGUGUCAGUUCUCCGAUCCUCCCUCGCUCACUCUGGUGUCAGUUGUCCGAUCUUCCUCGCUCGCUCCGUUAUUGACAGGCGAUUGUCCGAUAUCGCUCGCUCGCUCCGGUUGAAAGGUGAAUCUUCUCGUCUCUCUCUCUCUCUCUCUCUCUCUCUCUCUCUCUCUCCAUGGCUCGCUCUCUGAUUUCCUCACUUGCACUAGCGAGCUCAUUCUAGUUAGGUUACAGAUCUGCCUUAGCUUCGCAUAUAUGUGUUCCUGUUUGCCUGAGAAACCAGCAUAUCUGCCUUAGCACACCUUAACACAUAAACUCAAACAUAGGCUUACCAGAACAUAGAAGACAUAGAGGCUCAAUAAACUCCUGUUUUGAAGGAAGGAAUUCAAUAGCAGGAGCACACCUUAACACUACACUGAACAUUUAUAUUGUUGUCAGAAGCUCAAGAACUCUCUCAUAUUUCACCUGCAAAAGAAAAAGAGCGUCAUGGGAAUGAAACGAUUAGGGGAACUAGGAAAUUUGCAGCACACCUGUGUAUUUCAUUUACAGCCUUAACAGGAAGCUAACAAAACACUGCAUGAUGAUUUUUACCCUCAGCAGAACCUUACGAAAGAUUCAGAUUCACCAAAAUGUUAGUAAAUGUUCUCUAAAUUGACACAUUUCUUUUAGCUACCAGACAAUAGUUAUAUCAUUUUUGCCUCAUUACCUACCUUUCCAAUUGGGUAAUUAAGUGUUUAUCAUUGACAUGCUUGUAGUCCCUGCCAAGAAAAAGACACAGCUAUUAGAGUGCUAGCUAGAACGAGGAGAAAUACAUAUGCUAAUUAGUUAUACACAACUGAAUUUAAAAGUAGCAAUGAUUACCACCAAAUUAAGAAUGAUAAUUUAGUUCAUGCAUAUCCAGGACAACUAUUUGGAGCAAGAAUUCAACUGACAUCAUUGAUGAUAAAAUGAAUCAUCAAAACUUUUGAUUCAAAAGCAUCUUCCUCGCUCUGCUUGAAUGACAGGGUGUGUAAGAAGUCAAAAACAGGGCCGAUUCCAGAAUUUCAAUGAUUAAAAUUAUAGAUUAAUCACCUUCUCUAAUCUCUUAAGUUCAUAAUUUGGACCUACCAUCGCAUAUAUGUGUUAAGGUUUGCUCCUGCUAUUGAAUUCCUUCCCUCAAAACAGCAGUUUAUUGAGCCUCUAUGUCUUCUAUGUUCCGGUAAGCCUAUUGAGAAGGAAACUUGUGCUUUGUACUGUGAGUGUGAGUUAUAUAUUAGUUGUAGGUACUCAUAGACCAUACUGUAAAGGAGUCUAAUGAAUAUUCCAUGGUUAUAUUCUUGAUUUUCAGGAAUGACAACUACCGAUAAAGCUAGUCAUAGACCAUAUUGGAAAGUUCAGGUUAUAGAUUCUGAGGGACAGAGGUCCAUGGCACAUCUACAUGCACAGGAUGUGUGGUAUCUCCCACAGGGCACCAAGUUUGUGGUGCCAUUUGUAAGGAACCAGCCUGUUCAUGAUGGUGGUGGACUACUUGGACAAUUUUUGGGACUCUUAGCUAGGGACGUUAACUAUUUUCCUAUAAGCUUUGAUAGUUGGCUUGAUGUUCCUUCUAGCUAUAAGAAUGAAGUCCUCCAUGGUAUAAUUGCUGACAAAGUUUUUGUUGAGCCUAGCCACAGAGAUAGGGCAUACAAGUACAUUUUGAGUAGCUUAGGCAGCAAAUGGAAGGGGCAUAGGUAUGAACUUUACAAACACAAGUACAAGCGUAUAUGGACAAGAGAGCAAAAUAUCAACAAACCUCCUGAAGGGAUUCCCAAAGAACAAUGGGCUAGUUUCAUCGACUAUCGCCAAAGAAAGACCACUCAGGAUAUGUCAAUAAGGAAUACAAGAAAUAGGGGUGAAUAUCAGCUUAAUCACACAGGAGGCUCAAAGUCCAUUGCUAGGAAAACUACUGAGAUGAGUGAGUCAACUGGGCAGGAGGUUUCAAGAGGACAAGUUUUCGUUGAGACUCACAAAAGGCCAGAUGGAUCAUAUUUGAAUCCCAAGACCAGAGAUGUUUGUGAAAAAAUUGCUGAACUUGAAGCAACAGGUGCUAUGCCAAAGCAAGCAGCACCUAAUGAUUCUUUAGGCCAAGUUUUGGGCAAAGAACAUUCAGGUAGGAUGCGUGGUAUGGGGGCUGGUGUUGUUCUGUCUGAGUCCUUUGGUUCUAGCUCGUCUGAAUAUGUCGGAGAAUCAUCACAUGCUGAUUUUGGAAGUGAGCAAAUUUUGUGGUCUAAGUUACAACAAAGCUUGAAGAAGAAUGAGAAGUAUGAAGAGUGGUUUGUCAAGAUUUUUCAGCACAUGAAUGUCCCUAUGCCAUUGGAGCUGGCUAUGUUAGUAGAACAACAUCCUCUUGACUCCACUGGUCAGCAUUCUGGCCACUCUUCGACUAGCGGUCCGAGACAGCAGGAGUAGCACUCCUUAACAGGUACUACUGACUCAAGAAAUUGAGGGAAAAAGGCUUUUUUCUUCUUAAAUGAGUGCAUUACGAAAGCAAGCUCAGCUUCUUCAACCAUCCGAAUAGCUUCAGUUUCGAUACCACUCCAACCUAGGCAAAAUGAUCAGUGAAGACUAAUCUCAUGUUCGUUUUUCUCUUUCUGGUGUUUCAGGAUUUUGUUCUUCAUUCAACAAACCUCCUGUCAUGAAAGGUUAGCAUCUAGUUCUUGGAUUUCGCUUAUCUGAACCAAAAUUUCGGCUGUUUCUUUUAUGAGAUCCUAGUCCUUAAGUUGUGCUAGGAAUAAAGGGGUAGAAAAGGG